AACGAAUCGUUCGCGAACGACGCAACACUAAAAACAGUGAUGACCUCCCUCGCUAGCUAGCGACUGCUAACCUGGGGGAGUUAAUGCCAUCGUUUCCGAAUAAAUCAGUUUCUCUAAGUUAACACGAUGGAUCAGACGAAACAAGAGGAGGAAUAUGGAUACGACUUAUUCCCGGGAAGGACCAAGACAAAGUAUAAGAAAGGAUCAAUCGGGGAGAGCCUGUUCACUUUCAACCACAAGUGUCAGGUCAUGUUACAGUUUGCAACGGAAACUAGUGAGUAAAUUAGCCCGAUCGUUUCAAAAGGAGUGUUAUCAAAGCAGUAAGAGGAUGUUAUAUUUCCUCCAUGUGAUUUGAAUAACAAUGCAAUGCUUAAGUGUCAACCCUGCAGUCAUUAAUUUAGCACCCUUUGUCCUGUAGCAGCUUAGCAGCAGCUAAUGGAUCUUGCAGAGGUGUGUGUGUGUGUGACAGUGAAUGCAACUCUAAACUGUGUCUGUGCUCGUCUCAGGUCCUUAUGCCAAACUUCUCCUCAGUGCCAUGAAGAAUUCAGGAUGGUAAGUACUGGUUUUCAACAAAAUAAUACUUCUCUUAUGUGUGACCUUUAACUGCACUGUAGAAAACCUUUUGCUGCUUACAUAACACUUGGUAACAGAUAUUGCACAUAUAAUAAUAAUAUUUUCUAAUGGUGAUUAUAACUUCAGUAGACUGUAACAAGCAUGGUUAGAUUUGAACUGUCCUUUCUCAAGACUCCUAAACGUAUAAUUACAGCAAAGUAAACUAAUUAUAUGGUUUCACAAUCAUGUCUUCUCCACAGCAAAGUGCUCAAAGACCGACAUUUCUCCUGCGAAGACUGUGAUGGGACUGUCAGCGGUGGUUUUGAUUCAGGUUCCUCUCAAGUAAGAGAGAGAUCUUUGGCGGGUCUUCAAAUCCAGAUCCAGGUGUCUAACAUGACUCCAAAUAUUGAUGGUUGAAGAUAAAUAACAUUUGUGUGUUUUUCCUCUUAGAUUGUUUUGUGUCAGAACAACAUCCACCAGCAGUCCCACAUGAACCGAGUGGUCACACAUGAGCUCAUCCAUGCCUUUGACCACUGUAGGGCCCACGUGGACUGGUUUAACAACUACAAACAUCUGGCUUGUUCAGAGGUGAGUUACUCUGUCUGGUACUGACCGCAUGGUUGUGCAACUGCGACAAAAAUCACUUUUUUCCUGUUUAUCUACAUUUUUGGUGUUGUGAGCUUAUUGCCAUGAAAAACACAGAUUCGUAGUUUCUUCUAUGACUGAAUUACAGGCUGUAGCUCAUGAUCUGGUAAAUGCUUCCACUAGAGUUUGUUCCAGAGGGUUCGUAUUUACAGGGUAGGUCAGGAAAUCUAAAUGUUGACACAGUAUCUAGCAUGUUUAAGGUUUGUAGAUAUCUGUUAUUAGAGAUCAAUACAUACUGCCAGUGAGAGCCUUUCCUUCCACACCAAUCCCUGCUUUGUUGGGACUGGCUAUGAGACAAUUUAAAAACAUCCUAAAAAUGGAAUCCAAACACUCCCCAAACCGCCAUAUUCUACAUUUUAUAUGUAAACUGUUAAUAGAAAACAAGAACAAAGUAAGUGCUCUUAGAUCUAGCAAAAACAAAAACAUGAAUGACAUAAAGCUGAACCUAUUCCACGCCACUGUGAAGUCUGUCCUCCUGUAUGGCUGCGAAAGCUGGACCCUGACACCCACCCUGCAGAAUUCCCUGGACGGGUGCUACACCAGAAUGCUACGAGCUGUUCUGAAUGUGGACCAGAACAUCCACAUUAACCAACACGAAUCUGUGCCGGCAACUGCCGAGGUUCAGCAAGAAGGUAGCAUCUAGGAGGAUGAGGCUGGCCGGCCACUACCAUAGACAUCAGGGAACCAACACACGGGCACUGUUCGAGAGGACAUUCAGUGCUACCGUAUGUGGACGUCCUGAAAAGGAUGUGGGAGCUGAAAGCUUUUCGGAGCUGGCAGGGUGUUUGGAGAAUCAUGAGGAUUGGAGACUCCGAUGGAAGCUCGUUUGAGGACAACCGAGGGGGAAACUGAUUGGAUCAAACCAGGGCUGCCGACCCCAAUCACUAAGCCGAACCAGCGCCCCCCCUUUACUGAUUAUAAUAGACUUCUGUUUGUCUUCCAGAUUCGGGCAGCUAACCUCAGCGGCGACUGCACCUUCACCAACGAGGCUGCAAGAUUUAACUUUGGCUUGAAGCAGCAUCAUCAGGUAAAUGUUCAGAGGUCAGCUCAGUUUUUACUGCCUUUUCCCCCAAUGAUCCACCGCUAAAAUUUAUUCUCUUGUACAGGAAUGCGUCAGAGGUCGUGCCCUCCGCUCCAUACUGGCUGUGAGGAACAUCAGCCGGGUGGAGGCAGAGAAAAUCGUGGAUGAAGUCUUCGACACGUGUUUCAACGAUCAUGCGCCGUUUGGACGGAUCCCGCACGGGAAGAAGGAUGCUCGGUUUGCCCACAGGGAUUACGAGAACAGAGAUCGAUAUUACGCCAACCUUUAGGGUCCUCCUCUGCAGAUUUAACUCAUAAGGGUGCUGUGACCUUCAGUGAAGUUAACGAGAGUUGAGUAUCGUCAGAGCCUUGGUCAGCGUAGACAUUGGCGUGAUGAAAAAGAUCAAAUUCCUUGAGAAGGGAUUUCAGAGGAGGCAUCGUCCUUGAGACCAGAAAAGAAGCGAAGAGCUGGAGCACAUUUCAUUUUCUACCUGUUGGACUCUGAAAGUCUUUGAUGAGGCCCUGUGAUUUAUUCGUCAUUUGUUUUAAGGUGAUCUAAAGGUGCUUUUAAGGAAAUGCAACAUUUCCUUUGAUUGUCCACUCUUCUUCAGUGACCUCUAUAAUUUCUUGUACAUAGAGCUGAUUGUGCUUAAAUUAAACAGAAUUAAGUUGUCUUUGAAUUAAAGUUUGAUUCCUCUAAAGAAGUUUGAGUAAUUAGUUGUUUCGGAGGACGGAAAGGGUUUUAUUUUCAACCUUGGCGCAAAAUGUUUGAUAGAAUUACUUCCCAAAGACGUACGAGGAAGCUUACUGCUGAUUAAAACAAAGUGAUGUUUCACCCAGGAAGGAGUUACUUCAAAUAAACAUUUAAGACGAAGAAUAUGAGUAAAGAGAGAAAAGUUCUCCCACGACGGCAUGGUCACAUCUGCGCUGUCACUGUAAAAUGUCACCGCUGACAUCUUUAUUGGACAUUAGCAUUUAAAGAAUCUCGUAUCCCUCCUCGGAGAUUAAUGAGGGAAAAAGUUAUAAGGGAAUUAGCCUCAUAAUCUCUCUUCCUCCACUUCUAUCUCAAAGACAACACCCUCUGCAUGGUAAUUAAGGACUCACAAUUACAUUUGGAGUGUAAUAUGACACUACACAAGCACAGGAUGAGACACGGCUCAAACAGACUGCAGGGUUAAUUGUUGGAGCUUAGCUGAGUUCCUCUCUGAUGCUAUUAGGCGGAGGGAUUGACGUGUGGGAAACACGAGGAAACAAGGGAAUGAUACUUGGAUUUGUGCAAUGUCAUACUCCCAAGAAGGAUAAAUAAAUAAAUCAUGCAAAACAACAGAA